AUGAAGAGACAUAGCAAAACAGAUUCAAAGUUAUAUCUCAAAGCUCGACGGGAUAAAAGAGAAAAACUCACAUACCAGUCCAAUGAAAAUUUUCAACAGAAUGUUUGCAGAGCAAGGGUUAUAGUUUAUUUUGAUGCAGCUUAUGACCAACAACAUUCCAGAUCGGUUUCGGGCUUGCUUGCACGAAACGAAAAGGGGGAUAUCUUAGCAUCGAAAAUGGUCACUCAUUUUGAAAUAGUUACUCCGUUCAUGGCAGAGGCUCAAGCAGAGUUACAAACAGUGAAAUUAGGAAUCUUCAUGGGAUUAAAUAAAAUGGAUGUAAAGGGUGACUCAAAAACUUUUAUAAAGAAAUGCCAAAGUUCCAAGAUUGACAAAUCGACCAUUGGGGCAACUAUUAGAGACAUUCAAAGCACAAAAGACAGAUUUCAAGAGAUGGGGUUUCAUUUUAUCCCUAAAACAAUGAAUAUUUAUGCUCAUGUUAUUGUGAAGGAGGCUCUAAAGAGGAGAGAAAGCUGUUACCUGGUGGGAGGGAUUCUAGAACACGUUAGCCAAGCUAUGGAGAAGUAUAGACCACGACAUUCGGAUUGA